AGCUUAUAGAAACGGUUGGAGAGACACAAACACACACUCACACUCGGCCUCUGCGGAGCGCCUGAUGCUGCGGGGAUUCCGCCUCUUUCUCCGCUUACAACAUGGAUUUCAACGUGAGGAAACUCGCUUCAGAUGCUGGAAUAUUCUUCUCUCGGGCUGUUCAGUUCACAGAGGAGAAACUGGGACAGGCUGAGAAGACCGAGCUGGACACUCACUUUGAGAAUCUGCUGUCCAGAGCUGACUGCACCAAAAACUGGACCGAGAAGAUCUACAGACAGACUGAAGUUCUGCUGCAGCCAAACCCUGGUUCUCGAAUCGAAGAGUUCCUGUAUGAAAAGCUUGACCGGAAGGUUCCACCGCGGGCCACUAAUGGAGAGAUAUUAGGACAGUUCAUGCUGGAGGCAGCGAAGGAGUUUGGACCAGGAACCCCGUAUGGAAGCACCCUGAUCAAAGUGGGCGACUGCCAGAGGAGACUGGGUGGCGCUGAGAGAGAGUUUCUGCAGACGUCUUCCAUCAGCUUCCUCACACCCCUGCGCAACUUUCUGGAGGGAGACUGGAGGACCAUUUCUAAAGAGCGGCGGCUCCUGGAGAACCGGCGCUUGGAUCUCGACGCCUGUAAAGCUCGACUCAAGAAGGCCAAAGCAGCAGAGGCCAAAGCGGCGUGUGAGGGAGAAGCUGCUCCAGACUUUCAAGAGACCAGGCCGCGUAAUUAUGUGCUGUCUGCCAGUGCAUCUGCGCUCUGGAAUGAGGAGCUUGAUAAAGCGGAGCAUGAAUUGCGUGUCGCUCAGACAGAGUUUGACAGACAGGCUGAGGUCACCAGACUGCUCUUGGAGGGCAUCAGCAGCACACACGUGAAUCAUCUGCGCUGCCUUUGUGAGUUUGUGGAAGCGCAGACAGUGUAUUACAACCAGUGCCACAAAUACAUGCAGGAGCUGCAGAGAGAGCUGGGCAGUUCCAGUGGAGACAUAAGAUGCCCCGACUCAUUGGAGGUGAAUUCCCACGCCGUCGGCAGCCCCACAGACCCGUCCGCCUUCCUGCCACUUAAUUCUCCAUCUCCAGACACAGACGCUCUUCAGAUUGAAGAAGUGCAGCCGCCCGCCAGCGGCACACGCAAGGCCAAAGUCCUGUAUGCCUACGACGCUGGAGAUUCCAGUGAGCUCUCGCUGCUGGCUGAUGAGCUCAUCACAGUGUACACAGUGCCUGGAAUGGACUCUGAUUGGCUGAUCGGAGAGAGAGGAAACCAGAAGGGGAAGGUGCCUGUUACAUAUCUGGAGCUGUUGAGCUAAAGAGGCGAGAAACAAACACACACUCUUCCACGUACUGACACACAGUUUCCAGCUUUAACACCCAAACAGAAUCAUGGACUCUUAUGAGAACAACCCAUUUAGUGAAAAGCAAACUGUUGUGUGUUUACAUGCAUGUCAGGGGGCUUCGUUUCUGUUUGACUUCAAUAUUUAAGAUUCACAAUGUCUUUGAGAGUUUUGACAUGAUUUCGGAGAAGCUCAUGAAUAUUGACAGACAUUGAGUGGGAAUCAGGUCAUCACAGUAAUAUUAAAAUCCGUAUUUAUUUAGUAUUUUUUAAUAUUGAACAUCAAACCC